GCUAGAGAGACUUUAUUCUGGCAGGGAAGAGAGUGCAGAAGUAGGAACUAGUGUGGAUGGAGCACAACAUCUCUCUCCGUCAUCUCUCCCUCGCGUGCCAGGUCAGACUGACUUUAUCACUGCUCACCGGCUCUGACUUUAUUCUGUCCUCUGCAUUUGGAGCGACUGGCUGAGAGGGAAAAGGAAGUAGCAGGUUCUUCAGCCUUGGAGAAAGAAAGCAAGGCUUCCCAAAACAGGACAUCAACAGAAACCAGUACUGACAGCCUGGACAAGACCCCCCAAAGACAGCCACCAUGUGUGACUGUUUUCACCUGGCAUUUCCCAACUGGCACGCGUCAGCCGCGGGAGAAGGGCGAAGGCUGAAAGGACCAGAACAAGACACAGAUGAUGAUUUAGUAUGUGAAGAGCCUGAAGUUUUAGAAGAGGAAAGGCCUCGUCCUCAGGGGUCCUCUCCUGUUGAGGAAUUCCCCACCACAGAGAAAUACGAAAAAAAGGCUGAAGGUGACUUCUAUGACUCACCCGCCAAGGGUUCCAAAAAAAGCAAAAAGAUUGGUUUCGGCUCGCUGUUUGACAAGCGUUCCGCUGCCAAGAUGAAUCAAACAGAGGAUAUGCAAAGUGAUCAGUCAGAAGUAAUAGUGAAGACUGUAAAAGAAGUCUGUGCUGAGGGUUUGGUUGUAAGUGGAGGAAAAGAUGGCAUCUUCAUCAAGGAAGUAAAACCAGAGUCGCCUGCCUCAAAGCAUUUAAGUGUGAAAGAAGGUGAUCAACUACUUAGUGCAACAGUGUACUUUGAUAAUGUGUCAUAUGAAGACGCCCUCCAGAUUCUUGAGCGAGCUCAACCAUAUAAAGUGGCAUUCUGUCUAAAACGCAAACCACCAAGAAUCCAGGAAGAUGCUGAGACAAUGAGGCCGGAUAUAACUAUUGGCGAGGAGGCUGAACAAGAAGAGGAAGGAAGAGGACCAGAGAUGAGAGGUCGAAGAAAGAUAAAAAAGCAACAUGAUCGCAUCUCUUGGCCCAAAUUCCCCACCUUUAGCAAAGGUCGCAGGGCGAAUUUUAAAAGAUCUCAUAGCACGUCAGAAGCAGAGGAACAGAGAACAUUAGAGAUCAGUCCGCCGACAAGUGACACGGAGUCUCCUCUUAAGUCUCCUUUAAAAUCUCCAGAUGGAAAAGACAAGAAAAAGAUGCACAAAAUGAAACUUAAGAAGCGGAUGCCAGGCCGCAGGAGCAAAUCUGUUGAAGAAACCCAAGAAAACGAACAGGCGCUUGCAGCAGACACUAUGGAGGUCAUGGACAAUCAAAUUAUUAUGAAUAUAACUGAAGAGCAAGUGCCAGUGCUAAAUUUGAUAGAGAGCCCUAAGAUAUUGAAUGAAGCUGAAAAUACUGACUCAGCUAAAACAAGAAAUGAAUAUACAUUCCCGACUUUUCCAGAAGCUGAAUCACUGCAUAAAGCUGAGCUCAUCAGUGUGGACACCACACUGAAGACUUCUGAUAUUACAGUCACUCUUGGAGAUGAUGGCAAAGAAAGGAGAGAGAUAUCAGAAAUAAAGGUUAGCAUUCCAGGAAAGGAUAAAUAUGAAAUAGAAAUAGACAGCCAAUUAAAAUCCUCCACAAGUGUAAUGAGAACUUUGGAUCCAUCAACAUUCGACAAUAUUUUGGACAGUCCUAACGUAAUGUCACAAACGGAGCCAGCUGGACUUCAGGUUGAUUCCGACAGCAAACCAAUAAACAAAGAGAUGUUAGAAAAGACCCAAGAGUUGGGAAAAACAGACAUGGCGGUACCUAAAGUUGACAUUUCUCUUGACAUGCCAGAGGUAGGCCCAAUAAGCAAAUCCCCAAAAAUUGGCAGCGACAGGGAAAAGAAAGAAAGAAACAUUCUAGAAACAGAAAGUUACGGAAUUCGAACCAGAGGUCCACUGGCAGACAUAGCCACAUCAAAGAGUCAUUUUUCAAAUACAGUAAACAAACUAGACUUUACAUCCGACACUUUUAUUUUUGAGACUCAAACAAGAGAGGAUGUGUCCUCAGCAGACAAAAAGAAACCGAUCACUCCAACACCUGUUAUAUCCCAGCCAAAAUCACAUGCUUUGGAUGUGGACAGAACCAAGAAGAGUGCUGGAGCUAGCACAGACAUUGAAUCAAAAUUUAAACUGCCUAAAGUAGAUGUCUCCGAAUUCGACCACCAAGAAUCAAUAACUGUAAAACAGAAAGACCCAACCAAAGUGCCUCUCUUGAAGCGAGAGGAAAUUGAGAUUCCUGGCAUGGAGGACAAAGAACCAAAAGCCAAAGUUAAGUCUCCUAGAAUUAAGGAGCAAAAAGUUGAGAAGGUCAUAAAUAUCUCAAAAGCAGAAAGCAAGCACGGGGGGAAAGCAGAAGAGUUUAAUGUUGAGGAUGUAAAGGAAGCAGUAUCAAAAUUCCCUGCCUUCAAAUUACCUGAGAGAGACAUCACUGGAGUCCUUGUACAGAGAGAGGUCACAAUCAUGGAAAUGAAGUCAGACAAGACUGGCACGACACCUAAAGGAUCCCCUUGUAAGAUUUCGAGCAUGAGCACAGAAAUAAACAUUACGUUUCCUGACACAAUAGAUAAAGAAAAGCAGAGACUUUCUCCUGUUGCAACAAAAGAUCAAGCCUUUGUAUUACCGAAAAUUGAACAAGUGCAUCUUGAUGAAACGGUUAUAACUGAGAGAAAAACAGACCACCAAUCCAAAACUGGCAAAAUGUUAACAAGGGAUGAUAAGAUAAGUGCAUCUCCAGAUGUAAAAUUCAAACUUCCAAAGCGUGAAGACAUUGAAAUACCAGGAAUGGAAGCCAUUGAACAAUCAAUUAAACCGCAAAAAAUCGGAACAGCCAAAGAUACAGACACUCAAGACGAGGCUGUGAAAGACUAUACUGGUACAGAUACCAAAGCUGACAAAAAUGUGCAUGAAAAGAAAUCAAAGAAAUCAAAGGUAUCAUUGCCAAGUUUUGGAAUCAUGACACCCGACAUUCGCUUCACAGGAAUUGCGAUUGAAUUACCAAUAAAGACCACGUCAUCUAAAAGCGAUAGUGGUGCAAUCAAGGAGAUGAAAACUGAAGCAAAAAUAUCUCUUGAUGAAGACCAUAUCAAAAAAUCUCCUGCAGAAGCAACAUUUGAAAAAUCUCAAAAAGUACAUGAUAUAGAGGGUGAUCAAAUGCUCCAUCAUGAUGUUAAGGAAACCUCAAAACAAGAUGCUGAAGGAGAACUUAAGGCUGACAUCAAAAGCAAAGACACAGAUUCCUCUCCACAGAAAAAGAAACUGCCGAAAUUAAAAAUGCCCAAAAUUGGAGGGAAAAUGAAAGGAACAGCUGAAGUCACUACAAAAGAGGAUGCUACAGUGCAAGAAAAUGACAUAAUGGAGGUUGCAUUAGAUUCUGAGAAGAGAACAUCUGAGACCGAUCCCAAAGCAUAUAGUGCAGAAACAGACAAAAACUGGAGUAAAUUAAAAAUGCCAAGUAUAGAUGUUUCUGUUCCAAAAAUAAAAAUCCCUAAGGCAGAGGGAAAAUCAAAGCAGGAGGAAACUGGGCUCUCAAAGCCUGAGGCUGCUGAAGGUGUUGAGGAUGCUCGAGAGGAGAGUGGAUUUAGACCGAUGAAGUUUGGUAUUUCAGUGUCAAAGGAGAAGAAAGAGGAAGGAGGUCUGUUACCAGAUGAAUCUGAAAAAUCCACCAUCAAGGUUGGUGGAAAAACUGAAGUAGAGCCAUCUGAACUUUCACAAGAUGAAAUAAAAGAAGCAGAGUCUAAAAUGAAGAAAAGGAAAAUAUCAUUCCCCAAAUUUGGAUUCUCUAAAUCAGAUACUAAAGUAUCUGCUACAGUGCAAGAAAUUAAAGUAUCUGAUGUUGAUAUAACUCUCCAAGCCACAAAACAUGAAGCUGAUGGGACAGAACUAGAUGUUGAAAGUAAGACCACAGAUGUAGAGGCUGAGUUAAAGGAUUCAACACAUUCUCCCACAAAAUUUAAACUUCCCACAAUUAAGCUUCCCAAAUUUGGAGUCUCAUUUCCCAAGACAACUGAUGCUGGGGCCGAUAUGCAAGUGCAUGAUGUCAGCACAGAUGAAACUACAAUGGAUGUUAAACUGCCAGAAGCUAAACUAUCUGUAGAAGCAACAGCACUAUCUGAUAUGAAAGGCCCGGAAAUGACUUUCAGUGUAUCCAAACCCGAAGCUGACUUGUCUCUGCCUGAGGGAAAAGCAGAAAUCAAAGGUUUUCAGAAAAAAGAAAUAAAGUCAUCUGAGGAAAUUUCAUUUUCUAAACCAGAUAUUGAUGCUAAUCUGACUGACCAUGAUGCUGCAUUUUCAAAACAAGACAUCAAAGCUGCAGAAGUUGAUGUCAGUCUUCCACAGGUUGACGUAUCAAUUCCAGAAGGUUCCAUGGAAAUAAGAGCACCUGAUGUGAACCUCACAAUUUCAAAGGAUGAGGAGGAACAUAAAGAUAUAACACAUGGUGGUACACCAGUAAAGUUUAAACUUCCCUCUAUCAGCUUACCAAAGUUUGGUGGAAAGUCCUCUAAAAUACCUAAAGACAUGCCAGUUAUCGAUAUAGAUACUGAAGAACCUGAUGUAAAUCUUCCAGAAACAAAAAUAACCUUGAGACUGAAAGAUGAAGUACCAUCGGUUGAUGUCAAAGAUUCUUUUGAGACUACAGAAGGUCAGUUUGUUAGUGUAGAUAUGAAGGCUGAAGAAGCAAAGCUUAAAGGACAAGAGGUUACCGUUACACUGCCUAAAUUUGGCAUUAGCCUUCCAAAGGUUGAAGCCCACAAGGCAGUGGAUAGUAAGGAUAAAGAAUCAACUACAGACACCAAAGAAUCAAAUGCAGAGUCUGAACAGGCUGAGAAAGAUCCAAGAUCUCCAACAAAAAUGAAACUUCCUACAAUUAAAUUCCCAAAAUUUGGAGUCUCAAUUCCAAAAUCAGCAGAUGCAGUCUCUGACAAUCAAAUGCCUGAAGUCACCAAAGGUGAACAUACCAUGGAAAUUAAAGCACCAGGAACCGAAAUAACUUUGGAGACUGAAGAUGUACUCACAUCAGUUGAAGGACCAGAUGUAAAAAUUAGUUUGUCCAGUCAAGAGUUGAAGAAACCCUCAAUCAGUGUCGAUCAGCCAAAGGUGGAAGGCGGUAUUUCUUUACCAGAGGCAAAACUUGGUGAACUGUCAGCUAAAGCAGAAUUAACACAAGGCAAACAAGAAAGCAAAAUUGAUCAGGAAGUUGACACGGGUAUGAAAAUGAAAAAAACAGGCUUUUCACUUCCUAAAUUUGGACUUUCUAAACCAGAUAUCAAGGCCCCAGAAAUUGAUGUCAGUCUUGCACAAGUUGAUACUUCUAAACCAGAAAUUGUCCAGGCUGAGAAAGAUCCAAGAUCUCCAACAAAAAUGAAACUUCCUACAAUUAAAUUUCCAAAAUUUGGUGUCUCAGUUCCAAAAUCAACAGAUGGAGACAAUCAAAUGCCUGACGUCACCAAAGAUGAACCUACCAUGGAAAUUAAAGUACCAGAAACCGAAUUGUCUGCAGAGCUACCAUCAUUACCUGAAAUGAAAUCCCCACAUAUUAUUCUCAGUGUUUCCAAACCCGACGUUGACAUAUCUACCCCAGAGGCUAUUGAUGCACACUCUGAAAAGAAAAAAGAAAAAGUAUUGUCUCCAGAGAUUUCUAAACCAGAGAUUAAGAUGAGCCUUGAAGGCCAUGGUCUUGAUCAAGAUACAGCUUUAGAAGAUUUGAAAGUGCAAGCCAAGAAACUUGAGGCGGAAAUGAAACUUCCUUCAGGUUCAGUAGAUGAAGUCGUCCUGGAGGCUAAACAAAAGGAAAGUGAAUUCAAACUUAAAAAACGUAAAAUAUCUUUUCCGAAAUUUGGCUUUUCCAAAUCUGACACUAAGGUUCCUGAUGCUGACACCAGUCUUCAGAAAGAAGGAAUAUCUGUGCCUGACACUGAGAUCAAAGAGACUGAAGUGACAAUUCCUGCUCCAGAGCUUGAAGUCCAGUUAAAAGAAAAAAGUACUUCUGGUUCUCCAUCUAAAUUCAAACUUCCAACAAUUUCUCUGCCUAAAUUUGAUAUUUCCAUUUCAAAGACUGGGGAAGAAUCUAUUACAAAAGCUGAGGAUGAUGCACAGUCAGAAAUAAAGGCAGCAUCAUCACAAGAUAAAGACACUGGAGCACAAAAUACAGAACCAUCUAAAUCAACUUUCGAAACUCAACUGGUGGAUGUUGAAAUUAAAACUAAAGACACUGAUCCUGGAAGUCAAGGGAGUAGAUUUAUGAUGUCCAAAUUUGAUUUUUCAUUUCCAAAGAUAAAGGGACCAGAAUUCAAAAAAGGUGCAUCAAGAACAGAUGCAGAAAAACCAGAGGUUUCACUGAAACAUGACAAAGAGAGUGCUGAGGGAACAGCAAGCAUACCUGGGGCAUCUGUGGAUAUGGAGGUUACAAUGAAAACACCAAAAAUGCCAAGCUCAGGGCACGAAGUUUCUAAACAAGACAUUAAAGCUCCAAAGAUUAAACUUGAGAAGGGAGAUACAUCUAUGGCAGUAGGUGAAGUGGAUGUGAAUCUUGAGUCUGACUUGAAAAUUCAAACAACAGAGAUGUUAAAAGAUGAUUCAACCAUGGGAGGAUCACCAAGCAAAUUCAAACUUCCUACUUUCAAACUACCCAAAUUUGGAAGUUCAUCUUCCAAAGGCAAAGCUGAAAUAACAGAUUUGAGGGGUGAGGAAAUUAUUUUGGAGACUGAAGAUGUUAUAGUCACAUCAGUUGAAGGGCCAGAUGUAAAAAUUAGUGUGUCCAGUCAAGAGUUGAAGAAACCCUCAAUCAGUGUCGAUCAGCCAAAGGUGGAAGGCAGUAUUUCUUUACCAGAGGCAAAACUUGGUGAACUGUCAGCUAAAGCAGAAGUAUCACAAGCCAAACUAGACAGCAAAAUUGAUCAAGAAGUUGAUUUAAAAGACACAAGUAUUAAAAUGAAAAAAACAGGCUUUUCACUUCCUAAAUUUGGAUUUUCUAAACCAGAUAUCAAGGCCCCAGAGAUAGAUGUUAGUCUUCCACACGUUGAUACCUCUAAACCAGAAGGUGAUGUGAAAAUAAAGGAACAUGGUAUGACUAUCACAGUUGUUGAGGAUGAUCAAAAAGAUCCAACAAAAUUUAAACUCCCCUCAAUCAGCAUCCCAAAGAUUGGAGGACAAGCUACGAAGGAAGAGAUAACUAUGCCACGUGUAGAUAUAGCUGUUAAAGGACCUGAAGUGAGUGGUCUAGAUGCACAAAUAAAAAUAUCAGGUGAGGCCCCAACAGUAGAUAUAAAGGGACCUCAUCUAGCCACAGAGGGUCAAUCUGUAAGUGUGGACUUAAAUGUUGAAGAUGCUGAACUUGGAGGGCAGGGGGGAAAGUUUAAGAUGCCAAGGUUCGGUAUUGGCCUUCCUAAAGUAAAAGGGUUUGAUUUAAGUACAUCCAAGUCAGAGGAUAUAACUGAAGUACAACAGAUUGAUAUCAAAAAGCCAGAGAUAACAACCGAGGGGAUGGUUCACCCACCAGAACCUGAUUCUAAAGGUCUAGAUGUGCAGAUGAAGACAUCAGCUGAAUUUGGCUUUACAAAACCAGAAUUAAAAGCCCCUGAAGUUGAUGUAAGCAUUCAAAGAAUGGACAUCCCCAUACCAGAAGGCAGUCUGGACAUAGAAGGAGCAAAUGUGGAUAUUAAAGUUUCAAAGACGGAGUCUGACCAAAAAGGUUCAACAAUUUUUGGAUCUCCAACAAAGUUCAAACUCCCGACAAUAAGCCUCCCGAAAUUUGGUGUUAAAUCACAAAAAGCAGCAUUAGACAUUAAUGUGACUGAUUCAGAACUAGAGGGAACAAAUAUAAAGACAGACAUUUCUAAACCUGAUGUGAAAUUAGAAAUGCAGCCACCCAGUACCGAAGCUAAAGUUGAAGGGAGUGUAGACGUGCCUGAGGUUGAUUCCAAAGGAGUGCAAAUAAAAGUGAAAAGACCGAGCUUUUCAUUCCCCAAGUUUGGGUUUUCUAAACUAGAGACUGCAACUCCAGAAGUUAAUGUCAGUGUACCAAAGGCUGAAGUAUCCAUACCAGAGGUCGAUGUACCUGUAAAAGUUCAAAAAGCAGAAGUCACACUUCCUGGAGGAAAGGUUGAACAGAAAGAUCUAACGAUCGUUACUUCGCCAACCAAAUUUAAACUGCCAGAAGUUAACUUGCCAAAAUUUGGAGUCAAAACUUCAAAAGGUACAGUAAGUUUACCAUCAGCAGAUAAGGACAUCAAAGGAAUAGAAAUUACUGCUCAUGAACCAGACAUCAAGGUGUCAGGUCAAACACCAAAAAUUGACUUGGAUGUGAAAGAAAUAGAGACCGAUAUACACGCCACAAUAAAAGAAACUGAUGUUCAUCUCCCAGAAGGAAAAGUAAUACUACCCCAAACUGAUGUUGACGUUCAUGGCAUAUCCAUUGAAGGCAAAGCAGAUAUGCCUGAAAUUGACUUGAAAGGACAUCAUGUGAAGCUGAAGAAGCCAGGCUUUUCACUUCCAAAAUUUGGUUUUUCAAAGCCAGAUAUUAAGGGGCAAGACGUUGAUGCCAGUCAACCAAAGGUGUCAGGUCAAAUACCAAAAAUAGACUUUGAUGCAAAAGAAAUAGAGACCGAUAUAGAUGUCACAAUAAAGGAAACUGAUGUUCAUCUACCGGAAGGAAAAGUAAUACUACCCCAACCUGAUGUUGACGUUCAAGGCAUAUCCAUUGAAGGCAAAGCAGAUAUGCCUGAAGUUGACUUGAAAGGGCAUGAAGUGAAACUAAAGAUGCCAAGCUUUUCACUUCCAAAAUUUGGUUUUUCAAAGCCAGAUAUUAAGGGGCAAGAUGUUGAUGCCAGUCAACCAAAGGUGUCAGGUCAAAUACCAAAAAUUGACUUUGAUGCAAAAGAAAUAGAGACAGAUAUACAUGCAACAAUAAAGGAAACUGAUGUUCAUCUACCAGAAGGAAAAGUAAUAUUACCCCAACCUGAUGUUGAUGUUCAAGGUUUAUCCAUUGAAGGCAAAGCAGAUAUGCCUGAAGUUGAGCUGAAAGGGCAUGAGGUGAAACUGAAGAUGCCAAGCUUUUCACUUCCAAAAUUUGGUUUUUCAAAGCCAGAUAUUAAGGGGCAAGAUGUUGAUGCCAGUCAACCAAAGGUAUCAGGUCAAAUACCAAAAAUUGACUUAGAUGCAAAAGAAAUAGAGACCGAUAUACAUGCAACAAUAAAGGAAACUGAUGUUCAUCUACCAGAAGGAAAAGUAAUAUUACCCCAACCUGAUGUUGAUGUUCAAGGUUUAUCCAUUAAAGGCAAAGCAGAUAUGCCUGAAGUUGAGCUGAAAGGGCAUGAUGUGAAACUGAAGAAGCCAGGCUUUUCACUUCCAAAAUUUGGUUUUUCAAAGCCAGAUUUUAAGGGGCAAGAUGUUGAUGCCAGUCAACCAAAAGUGUCAGGUCAAAUACCGAAAAUUGACUUAGAUGCAAAAGAAAUAGAGACAGAUAUACAUGCAACAAUAAAGGAAACUGGCGUUCAUCUACCAGAAGGAAAAGUAAUAUUACCCCAACCUGAUGUUGAUGUUCAAGGUUUAUCCAUUGAAGGCAAAGCAGAUAUGCCUGAAGUUGAGCUGAAAGGGCAUGAAGUGAAACUGAAGAUGCCAAGCUUUUCACUUCCAAAAUUUGGAUUUUCAAAGCCAGAUAUUAAGGGGCAAGAUGUUGAUGCCAGUCAACCAAAAGUAUCAGGUCAAAUACCAAAAAUUGACUUAGAUGCAAAAGAAAUAGAGACCGAUAUACAUGCAACAAUAAAGGAAACUGACGUUCAUCUACCAGAAGGAAAAGUAAUAUUACCCCAACCUGAUGUUGAUGUUCAAGGUUUAUCCAUUGAAGGCAAAGCAGAUAUGCCUGAAGUUGAGCUGAAAGGGCAUGAAGUGAAACUGAAGAUGCCAAGCUUUUCACUUCCAAAAUUUGGUUUUUCAAAGCCAGAUAUUAAGGGGCAAGAUGUUGAUGCCAGUCAACCAAAGGUAUCAGGUCAAAUACCAAAAAUUGACUUAGAUGCAAAAGAAAUAGAGACCGAUAUACAUGCAACAAUAAAGGAAACUGACGUUCAUCUACCAGAAGGAAAAGUAAUAUUACCCCAACCUGAUGUUGAUGUUCAAGGUUUAUCCAUUAAAGGCAAAGCAGAUAUGCCUGAAGUUGAGCUGAAAGGGCAUGAUGUGAAACUGAAGAAGCCAGGCUUUUCACUUCCAAAAUUUGGUUUUUCAAAGCCAGAUUUUAAGGGGCAAGAUGUUGAUGCCAGUCAACCAAAAGUGUCAGGUCAAAUACCGAAAAUUGACUUAGAUGCAAAAGAAAUAGAGACAGAUAUACAUGCCACAAUAAAGGAAACUGAUGUUCAUCUACCGGAAGGAAAAGUAAUACUACCCCAACCUGAUGUUAACAUACAAGACAUAUCCAUUAAAGGGAAAGCAGAUAUGCCUGAAGUUGACUUGAAAGGGCAUGAUGUGAAGCUGAAGAAGCCAACCUUUUCACUUCCAAAAUUUGGUUUUUCAAAGCCAGAUAUCAAGGGGCAAGACGUUGAUGCUAGUCAACCAAAGAUAGAUAUGUCUAUGCAAGAAGGCAACAUACCUGUUAAAGUUGAAGGUGCAGAAAUCACCAUCAAAGAUGAAGUGAGCAAACAUGGAGAUACAACAAAAUUUAAGAUGCCCUCAAUUAACCUUCCAAAGUUUGGAUUCAAAUAUCCAAAAGCUACAGCUGAUAUUCCAGCAGCUGAAGUAGAUAUCAAAGAACCUGAAAUCCCUCUCCCAGAAAAAGCAGAGGUACAAACCACUGUCACAAAAACAAACAUAGAUAUUAAAGGGCCAUCUGUUGAUGUGGACAUUAAGGUCAAAGAGAUUGACAUUGAUGGGACGGGGAGUAAGUUCAAGUUGCCAAAUUUUGGAAUUGGCAUGCCAAAAGUAAAGGGGACAGAGAUGGAGGGUAAAGAAAUAAACAUAGAGACUGACCUGCUAUGCGAAGAAAAGGUAAAUGUACAACAGCCCAGUGUUGAAAUUCAAAAUGUGACCAUUGAGGGAAAAACAGAUAAAGUUGAAGUUGACUCCAAAGGGCUGAAAGUGAAACUUCCCACAUUGGGAUUUUCAAAACCAGAUCUUAAGGCUCCCAAAGUUGAUGUGAGUCUACCCAAAGCUGACUUGGGCAUAUCAGUGGGAAAUGUUGAUGUUUCAGGGCAAUCUGCAGAUAUUAAAUUACCAGAACAAGAACCUGAUUUGAAGGAGGACACUUUUGGCUCUCCAACAAGAUUUAAACUUCCAACAAUCAGUCUCCCAAAAUUUGGAACCAAAGCAUCAAAGGAUACAGUGGAUAUACCUACGGCACAUGUGGACAUCAAAGUUCCCGAAAUAAGCCUUCCUGACAAGACGCUUAGCAUAUCAGGAGAAGUGUCAAGUGUUGAAAUGAAAGGCCCAACAGUUGAAGAUCCAUCCCCUGAGAUAAACAUUAAGGGAGGUGAUAAAGAGCAACAAGAGGGCAAAUUUAAAGUUCCAAAAUUUGGGAUUGCUCUUCCAACAAUUAAAGGUCCAGACAGUGACCAAGGGCUUAAGAAAGCUCUGCCUGAAACAGAAGUGAAAAUGUCAGGGGGUGUACCAUCUAUAGACAAGAAAGAGCUAAAGUUACCCAAAGGAUCAGUGGAUGUGGAGGUUAAAGAACCUGAACUUGAAGUAGAAAAAAGUAAAAUCAAACUACCACAGUUUGGAAUUUCCCUACAAGGAUCAAAAAGUCCAGAAAUUGACAUAAGUGUUUCAAAAGCAGAGGUUCCUCAAACUGAGGUUAAAGAAGCUGGAAAAGAUGUUGUGGUUGAGGAACCAGCAGAUGUAACUGAUAUGAGUUCUAAGGGACUAAAAAUGAAGAAACCAAGCUUUGGAUUUCCAAAACUUGGAUUUUCAAGAUCAGAUGGCAAGGCCCAAGAUAUUCAAGGCAGUGAAAUGGCAGCAGAUAUAUCCUUGCCAGAGGGCACUAUAGAAAUAGGAGAAACUGAGAAAGAGGGCAAAACUGAAAUAACAAGUCCACAAUUUGGCUCGCCAACAAAAUUCAAACUCCCAACAAUAAAAUUACCCAAAUUUGGAGUUUCCACUCCAAAGGUCUCUAGUGAUGCAGCAAAGGCUGAUUCUGAAACCAAGGACAUUAAAGUUAGUUCUGUGGAUUAUGAGAUAGAGACAUCAAAGGUGGAUCCAUCAGGUGACAUCAAAGGCAAAACUGCAGAGAUUGAAACCCCAUCUAUUGAUAUUAACAUAAAAGAAAAAGAGCUUCAUCAAGAGGGACAGGAAAUUAAAUUUAAACUUCCAAAAUUUGGGAUUUCGUUACCCAAAGUAAAAGGUCCUGAGGUGACAGUAACUACAAAAGAGAUAAAGACAGAAACACAUGAAAUUGGGAUCACUGGACCAGAAAUGAAGGUCACAGCAGAAGAUGUAAGUCUCCCAAAAGUAGACUUGGCUUUAGAGAGAAGUUCCACCCUUGAAAAAAAAGAGGUAGAGACAGAGUCGAAAGAUGAUACAGCUCUUUCAGGUUCUCCAAGUAAAUUCAAACUGCCUACUUUUAAAAUGCCAAAAUUUGGAACUUCAGCUCAAAAAACAUCUGAUGCAAAAGUAAAAGUAGCAGAAGUUGAUGUACCAGACACUGACCUAAAUAUUGAAGACAAGCCUGUGCAAGUGUCUAAAGAACUACAAAGAGAGGGUGAAAUUAAAGAAACCACUGAACAGCCUCCAGAGGCUGCUGCUAAAAAACUGGAUGGGGACAAAGGCUCCCCAAGUAAAUUCAAGCUUCCUACUAUAAAAAUGCCAAAGCUUAGCAUUUCGAGAACAAAAUCUCAGGAAGGAGAAGAGGACACAACCACCAAAGCAAAUGCUCCAGAUGCUAAAUUAGACCCCAAAGAUAACACUCAAGGGUCUGGAAAAUCACCCAAAUUUACAAUGCCAACACUUGAGGAUGUUCUCAGAGGGUUUGAAGUUGAAUUUAAUGUUCCAACAAUAGAGGAAAUGGAAGCACAAAAUGACAAACCAUCUGUUAAGCAAGAUCAGGAGGCUGGAGCAAAAGCUGAAGAAGCAGCAGAACAUAAGGACAAAGGAGUUCAGGAAAAAUCAAAGUUCAAAUUUAAAUUUCCAAAAUUAGGAUUCAGCCAGUCUUCAGAUGAAAGCGACAAGUUGGUUGACGCUAAGAUUGAAGAAAGUGAAAAGCAACUAGAGGCUUCAGCAGAUCAGAAAGCAACUGUUAGCAAAGAACAAGCAAAAACUGAGAAAGGCGGCUGGUUCAAGUUCUCAUUUUCUUCUCCAACCAAAACUGCAAAAACAGAUGAAAAAGAAAUUAUCCAACCACCCGAAGAGGCUAAUAAGCCUGAUGAGGAAGUUGAGAAAGAAUCAAGCAAGCCACAUGAGGAACCUGAGAAGAGCUCACUCAGCGAGGCUGUGGAAGAAAACCUUAGCCCAACAUUGUCACUGAAGUCAUCUGAAGCUUUUGCAGAUAUAAGUUCCACAGUAACCACUGAACAGAUUGCUCUGUCACAGACCUCACCUACAAAAGUUAAAGUGAAAUAUGCUGAACCCACUGCCACCGUUGGGGUCAAUGAUGUACAAAGUGAUGUUGUGACUUCCACAGCCAGAUGUGAACUGAUAUCAAUGGAGCCUCACCAGCCAGAAAAGGUCAACAUCCCUUUCUCAUCGGAUAUGUCCUCAACCUCAGUGGACACUCUGAAACAGAUGUCAGGGGAAAUUCAUGUCAUCACAACAAACAUACAAGCUAUACCAGAAACACAGCAAGCCUCAAUCCUUACUAAUUUAGAUGCGCAUGGAAUUCACAUCUCGCCUUUACAAGUAACACUAGGCUCAGACUCAGUGUUGACAGUGGAGGAAACCAGAGUGCAAAGUGGGAUGCACACACUGGUGGAAAGGCAUGUUGUGAAAGAAACUUUACAUGAUGACAAAGAGACAGUACUUGUGACACACAGAACACGUGUAUUUGAAGGCGACUCUGCAGAGCCCAUUUCUGAUGAGACGGCUUCCUCAAUUCGUAGGCUAAAAGAUACAGUACACAUUGAGAAAAUGAGGUUUUUUGACAAUGUACCAACAACUGAAGAAGUCACAAUAAUGAGCUCUGAAACAUCUCUAAGACAUAUGGAUUCCUCUACUGAUGACAAUGAUGGGAAAUGAACAUGAGAUAUUAUGAGAUAUUGCUAAGUUGAUUUUACGCUUUUGAAUGUAUGUUUCAGUGUUCUCUUAUAUAAUCAUCUAAGCCAGCUGAACUGUAAUGCUAUUAAGUAAAAGAGUGCUGACACUUAUGAACAUAUCACACCGUAUUGUUUAGCUAACAGAGAUUUUAAGCUUAAAGGACUUUUAAAAAUCUAUAUCCACUGGAAAAGGUAUGUAUGUAUGUACAUGGAAUAAUAGGAAAAAAAACUAUUAUAAUUUUAUGUGUGGGUUGUCGGUGUGCUUUAUUGUAAAACUGAUAUCUUGGGAAUAUUGUUUACUUGGUAAUCAAGCAAACACCAUUUAAACAGAUAUAUUCACAAAUAAAACUAGUUAUAAAGUUGAUGUGGCUUUUAAAGACUGUUAACAGUAUCACAUAUUGAGGCAUUUGUUUCUUUAAGGUUAUUUAUUUUGUGAAAGCUAUAUAAUUGCUUAUAAAAUCUCUUUCUGCAGCCUUGAGAAAAAUGAAAACAUUAUGUAAAUACGUUUUAUUCACCCUUAAGCACUUGCACCUAUGGUAUGAUGGAAUCAAUGGACUUGCAAAACACACAAUGCAUAUUUUAAAAUACAAACCAUUUUCUUAAUCAGCAAUGACUUUUCUUUUAACACAUAUAGUCGAAGUAAUCAAAUUAAUGUUGUAAGAAAAACACUUUAACUGUCUGCUGCAAAAGAAAUAAAAAGUAAAAUAAUG